AUGAAGCUUGCUGGUGCUCUGGUGCUGCUCGGGGCUGCCCUGCUCCUGACUUCAGGGGGAGAUUGUGGCAUUUGCCCAGUUAUAGAAAAGGAUGUUGACCUAUUUCUGUUCGGGACCUCAAAAGAUUAUGUUGACUAUGUGAAACAAUACAAAGAUAACCCUGAAGUAUUGGAAAGUACUGAAAAAAUCAAGCAAUGUGUCGACAGCACCUUGACAGACGAAGACAAGAAAAACGCAGCUGCUGUCAUCGAAAAAGUAAAAGCCAACCCCUUGUGUUGA